GACGGCGACUCCGUCCCCCGCCCCGGGCGCCACCCCGCCAUGGGCUCCGAGGCCGCGCAGCUGCUGGAGGCGGCCGACUUCGCGGCUCGCAAACACCGACAGCAGCGACGGAAGGACCCCGAGGGGACCCCCUACAUCAACCACCCCAUCGGUGUGGCUCGGAUCCUGGCGCACGAGGCGGGCGUCACGGACAUCGCGGUGCUACAGGCGGCCCUGCUGCACGACACGGUGGAGGACACCGACACCACCCCGGAGGAGCUGGAGCUGCGCUUCGGGGCGCAGGUGCGGCGCCUGGUGGAGGAGGUGACGGAUGACAAGGCCCUGCCCAAGUCCGAGCGGAAGCGGCUGCAGGUGGAGCGGGCGCCCCACAGCAGCCCGGGCGCCAAGCUGGUGAAGCUGGCCGACAAGCUGUACAACCUGAGGGACCUGAACCGCUGCACCCCCGUGGGAUGGUCAGAGAGCCGGGUCCAGGAGUACUUCCAGUGGGCAGCGCAGGUGGUGAAGGGGCUCCAGGGCACCAGCCGGCCGCUGGAAGAGGCGCUGGAGCAGCUGUUCCGGGAGCGGGGGCUGACUCUCUGAGCGGGACCAGGCCACGCUGGAUUCUCACCCCCCCCCACCCCAUUUCCCAGUGUCUUCAACUCAGCUCAGACGUCAAUGACUAAAAGGCAUCGGGGUUUCCUCAUCGGGGUGUCUCGGUUGUACCCCAUCCUUCCACCGCAUUUCCUGCCCUCCCUCAAGUUUGGGUCUGCUUGCUGUUUUGUAUGGUGGGGCCUGGGGCUUGUAUAAACGCGGAUUCCAAAGGCAUAUGGAGAAUAAUCACAUUUGUGGGUGGAAGAUUUAAGUUGCCUGCUGCUCCAGCUCUCGCCUCUCAAAUGCCAGGUGGAGGCGCUCAGCCCUCUGAGAUGGGCAUCUUUGUCGGGGAGAUGGGCUAUGUGGCUGUCAAGUCAGAUUGCAUGCCCUGGGAGGGAGCCUGCUGCUCAGGUGCCCUUAAACGUGGUUGAAAA